AUGGUGAUAGAGAAUGACAUCGACGACGCGCAAUCUCACCUGCCUCAGGUUUCUUCGGGAUUUACAGCAAUCAACCACGGGCAGGUACAUCUCGAACAGCUCUUGACGCCCGAAUCAUCGGCGGCCACAUCAGUCCCGCCGAACCCAGCCUCAUCAAGGGCGAUCGGCAGCCCGCGACGACGGCACAAUCCAAAUGUUGCUCGAUACCUCGGCUUGGGCAGCACCAUUGUGCCAGAUCAUCUCAAGAACUAUGCGCCACGGCUAGCAAGACCAGACAGUCCAUCAGUUGAGUCUGGGCGAAAGCGCCUGCGGCAGGCUGAUGACAAGAUUAUACAGCGUAGCUCCCGCACAAGAGGGCUUCAAGGCGGACUCGCAGCAUCGACAUCAGCACCUACGCUAUACAGUACUCAAUAUUCUCAAGCUACCUAUGACACAAAUGACAGUAUAUCCAUUAUGAACAGCCAGGCUUUGCCCCAGCCAUACUUUGCUCAGCCUGAAGUUUCGCACGUGACUCCGAUGAGCACUCUUGACUCAGAGACCGUGCGAAUGAAUAGUCAAGACGCGGUGAAAGGACCACAUCCUGAGAGCCCCUAUUUGUCACUACCUGAUCAAGGAGAAAACGAUGUAAUCGGUAUAUGUCCGGGUACUAACGACAGCAACGUGCUUUGUCGAGACAAUGACGACAUGAAUACCACCAGCGAUGAUUAUGAGUUCGAUAUCACGGACGAUGAACUACUCACUCUAGCUUCGGGUUUUGAUGAAAGGCGUUUCGACGUCCCUCACAACAUCUCAAGCUCACUGGCAAAGUCCUAUCUUAAAGAUAAUGAACAGAUGCACGCUAGUGAUGACUGUAGUGAAAAUGCACCUGAGGAAGCGCCUGCUAUCAACACCUCUCAGCACACUCGCAAGAAGUUCAUAUCUCCAGUUACUCUAACUACCCGUCUGUUGACGGUCACCAGCGAUGAGGGAUCUGCAAAUGCUCGGGCCCCGAUUGUCAGACCUCCAUUUCCGAAACCAGCUCGCGACCGCUCGCCUAUCAUAGGCCUUUCGUCGAAUGUUAUACUCAGAAUAUGUUUCCGGAUCGGUGAAGCAGUCAACCAGAGCCAUCAAGCAUCAAAGUCAGGGCAACAGAUGCUCAUCGAGCUGUAUGCCAGGGUGCUUACUUCGGAGCGGACUGAGAAGCAUCAGUAUUUUACCUUCUGCGACCUUUUCCACGCUAAUCCUCCACACGUGAAGGGCGUCUACGAUGCGGUUAUAUGGAAGGCGGUUCCGCUUUUCGAAUAUGACAGUAGGCGGCUGUUGCAACAAGGACGGAUGUGUCGAUGUAUCGGGACGAUGAAGCGCAAUGGCAAAGAGAGAUUUAUGGUUGUUCAUAACAUAUGGGAGGCGACCUGGGAAGAUAUUGAGUGGGUGGAGGGCAUUGUGGGCUUUUAA